UUCUUACCCACCAAACUCAGUGGUUUCACCUGCCCUGCUGGAAAUGCCUCCUGUGCCCUCAACUACAGCCCAGAAGUUCCUUCUGCUGAGACCUACAGGGCAGUGGCAGAACCUAGAACCUUCGGCCCUGGUGCCAACGGGCAGUGGAGGGGCUCAGGACCCCCCGUAGGCUCUGUGCCUCAGAAGCCAAGGCUGAGCAGAAGUUCUUACCUUGAAGCUCGUAAAAAUCCCAGUGGGACAUCCAACAGUUUUGUAGGCAAAUCCAACCACCACUGCCAUUCCUCAGCCUUCCCCAUGAAACCUGCCCAGAGUCCCUCCUGGACGGGGCCAUGUCGCCGCAGCCUGCUCAGCCCCAAGAAGACACCCAGGAGGUUCAUCAGCACAGCUGAGGAGACUGUGAGAGAGGAAGAGAGAGAGAUCUACAGGCAGCUCCUCCAGAUGGUCACGGGGAAGCAAUUCUCCACAUCUAAACCCUCUUCCCUCUUCCCCUUCCACCUGUCCAGGUGUUCCAAUUCCAGCAAACCUCUUGUGAAAGAAUCUCCCUUGGAGAACUCCAAGCUCUUUGAAGCUCCUAGUGUUCCACCAGCCACAUCCACCAGCGUUCUCAGGGCCCAGGAGCAGCCCCAGCCCAAACCAGCUCUCUACUCUGCCCCCACUUACCCCUCCAGUAUCUUCCAGUCCACUAACUCCACAGCCCAACAGCAGCAGGAACGUCCACCAGCAUCCAACACACAGUCUGAAGGGUCAGACUCUGUCAUUUUUCUCAAGGUAAAGGAUUCCAGAACUCCAGCACCGAGCCUUCCCUUCUUCCAGGCAGAGCUAUGGAUCAAAGAGCUGACGAGUGUCUAUGACUCGCGUGCUCGGGAGAGGUGGAGACAGAUCGAGGAGCAAAAGGCCUUGGCCUUGCAGCUGCAGAGCCAGAGGCUGCAGGAACAGGAACACUCAGUGCAGGAUCUGGUGGAUCUGAACCUCCGAGUGCCCCUGGAGAAGGAGAUUCCUGUCACAGUGGUCCCAGAGGAGAAGGAAGAUGCUAAGUCAGCUGAGAGUGAGGAGGAGUUCCCUGAGAUCACUGAGGAGAUGGAGAAGGAAAUCAAGAAUGUAUUCCGAGGUGGGAACCAGGACGAGGUGCUCAGUGAAGCUUUCAGGUUAACCAUCACCAGGAAGGACAUCCAGACCCUCAACAACCUCAACUGGCUCAAUGAUGAGAUCAUCAACUUCUACAUGAACCUGCUGAUGGAGAGGAGCAAGGAGAAGGGUUUGCCAGCAGUUCAUGCCUUCAACACCUUCUUCUUCACCAAGCUGAAGACGGCGGGUUACCAGGCGGUCAAGAGGUGGACCAAGAAGGUUGACAUCUUCUCUGUGGACCUGCUGCUGGUGCCCAUCCACUUGGGCGUGCACUGGUGCCUGGCGGUCGUGGACUUCAGGAAGAAAACCAUCACCUACUACGACUCCAUGGGGGGAAUAAACAGUGAAGCCUGUCGGAUCCUGCUGCAAUACCUGAAGCAGGAAAGUCUGGACAAGAAGAGGAAGGAGUUGGACACCAAUGGUUGGGCCUUGCUGAGCAAGAAGAGUCAGGAGAUCCCUCAGCAGAUGAACGGCAGCGACUGUGGCAUGUUCGCCUGUAAAUACGCCGACUGCAUCACCAAAGACAAACCCAUCAACUUCACCCAGCAACACAUGCCCUACUUCCGGAAGAGAAUGGCCUGGGAGAUCCUCCACCGGAAGCUCCUCUGA